AUGCUGAAAGCAGCCUGCCACGAGAAGGAUUUCAUGGCGCAACCCAAGCAAGGAGGUGAGGAGGUGGUCGCGGCACCCACUGGCGUGGAAAAUCCUCACAAUUCAUCUACACAACGUGUCGUUCGUCUUAGUGACAUUGCUUCCACCGUCAGCCCGCUGUACCGUUACUUCUCCUUCCCUGUUUGUCACAGUAACUAUGACAAGGAGCCUUACCUCCCCCCUUGUGUUCGUUGCCCGAACUGCAAGUGUUGCCAGCUCCAUAUGCAGUUUUGCAGUGGCGCCUACGGCAUGCGCCACGUUCUGGCGUGGGUUGUACGCAGGCAACCGCCAAAAAUGGGGGAGGGCCGAACCAUCAGGUUGCGUGGCGAUACGGGAAAAGGUGAGGAAAAGCUCUUUUUCAGAUUGCCUGUGUGUCGUUUUGAGGUGGGUCCUGUGGUUAUCACACGCCACCUCAUUUAUUGUUCCCGCGAGCAAACAAUCGAAACGGCGGAUCGGGGGGGGCGUACCGGCACCUUUGCUGGGAUGGCAUGUCCUCGGCCACUGAACUUUCUUGACGUUUUUUUCAGUGUGUUCUUGAGCACUACUCACAGAGGAAGAGAGAUGAAGAACUAUCGGGUUCUGCAACGCACCGCAAUGCGGGCGAUUGCCGCACAAGCAAGGGCACUCUGGGAAAAACUCACCUUCUCGCCAGCGAGAGAAUGUAAGUUGAGAUCAGAUGAAUCAAAGGCAAAGGCUGGGGAUUCUUCUGGCCCUCGGCGAGUCCCAAUUGAUUGGAGAAGCCCUCCGUUCUUUGUCUCGCUCCUUCCAUGUGCCCCUGUGGGUAAUAGUGGUCUCACAUUUGUCUUGUGGCUUGGCGAACCUGCACGUCAUAUCAUUACUUCGUACAUCAUUGAGGAUGGGGAAUUCUGGCGUUCCAAGCACACGUGCAUCUAUGGAGGAAAGGACAAUCUCGAGCGUGCUGACAAUUCAGACCCCGCUUCAGGCCUCAAGUGGGAGGGUGAAGUGAGGUGUCGACGCUGUUACGGCCCUGGGAGCUGCUGGGGACUCAUAUUCAGGCGGCACCGAGAGGAGCGGGAUGCGAUGCUUACCAUCCUGCGAGUGCGUCGCGGAUGCACAAGACGGAGGAUAACGCGCCGUGCCAUUCAGCGCCGCUAUGGCGGUGACUGGGGCCCCGGCACGAACGACGUGGUAUGGGUCAAUAAGCAUAAAACACGUGCUCAGUUUAUGGCGCUCCUGGUCGCAUACAUGAUGCGCACAACGCUCUGCGGGCCAUACAGGCAGCGUCACAUCGAUCCCCCUCCUUCUUCUUCAUGCGAAGCACCUACAGAGGCAAAUUUUGGCACCAUUUGA